CCUGAAAUGUAAGCGAGAGUAGGCGGCUGCAGUGAGGGGAGGAGUUAAAAAAGUGCAGGCAAGCCGGACACUUCCUGAAUCUCGCUGUGUUGUGAACUGCAAACGUCAGCAAUGGAAGAGAUCGCGUUCGCGUUCUUUAUCGCAGACGAAGUGGAUGCAAUUGAAAUACCACUGCUUUUGCACGAAGAUGGUUAUGAUGAGGAGAAUCACCGAAGGAAUGUCCCUAAAAUUCCUCACUUUGUUGAGAAUGUGGUCCAUUUGUACAGUCCUUCUGAGUUUCAAAGUCAUUUCAGACUUUCUAGAGGGCAUGUGGAGGUAUGUAGGCAAACAAAACAUCAUGUUAGGCAUAUGCUAAGCCCCUCCCCAAUGAAAAUUCAUGUGUCCAUGUUUUUAUUAUAUGAUAACUAUUUUUUUUUUCUCUUCCUAAUGCAGGAUUUAAUAAAUACACUUGAUCCUUUUUACAUGAAUAAACAGCAGACUAAGGUGCAUCUGACAAACAGUAUACUUGCCUCUCUAUGGACUCUUUCCAACCAAGAGUCCUAUAGAGGAGUGGCAGACAGAUUUAACAUAACCAAAUCUACAGUUUCAACACACCUGCAUGAGUUCUGUUCUCUUGUAAUAACACAUUUGUCACAUUACAUCUCCUGGCCCAGAGGACAAGCCCUACACAUAUCACAGUUAGAAUUCGAAACAGCUGGGUUUCCUAAAACUGUCUGUGCAGUUGAUGGAUGCCACAUUCCAAUAGUAAAACCGCACUGUGAGAAUCCUGUGGCCUAUAUCAAUAGGAAACAGUUUUAUUCUGUUAUUCUUACAGGAUUCUGUGACAGUCAGCGGCGGUUCUGUCAUGUCAGUGUGGGUCACCCUGGUAGUUGGCAUGACUCAAGGGCAUUUCGGUUGUCAGAGGUAGGCCGACUUCUUAAGGAAGAUCCACAUUCCCUGGUUCCUGAGGGCAUGCAUAUAAUUGGAGAUUCUGCAUACCCUCUCUCGCUUCAGCUUAUGAAGCCAUACAGAGACAAUGGCCACUUGACUGUCAGGCAGAGACGCUUCAAUAGGAAACUGAAUUCUGCUCGUGUAGUUAUUGAGCAUGCAUUUGGAAUUUUAAAAUCAAAAUUCAGGAGACUCAGAUGUCUGCACAUGAAAAAAGUAAAGAACAUUUCUUCUGCAGUCACAGCCUGUUGCAUUCUUCAUAACAUCUGCCUGAAAUCCAGUGACCAAAUUGAAGAGGAUCAGCAGGCAGAUGUUAUGGAGGAUGACCCAUACCCACCAGAAGCCCACAUUCACAAUGAUGCAUCACAUAGAGAUGCAAUCUGUGGCCGCCUGUGAACAUCACAUUUACUUGUUCUACCUUCAACAAUUCCCUCCAUAAGAACUUAUUUAAACUUAUCUUAAGAAGCUUUUUGAUUUGACUGUUUUGUGAGCUGGUGGAUGGGAUUGUACACAAUUAUUUUAAGCACUUACUAUCAAAUGAUUGACAUAUAUUCUGCUAGUCAACCACUGUCCCCUGUCUAGGGAGGAAUGUUUUGUUAUCUCUAUAAUAAUGAUGUGAUAAGCAAUAAAAUGAUGAUACACAUGGGAAUGGGUUAUAUAGUUUAAACUUUAUUUUUUAAUAGAUCGAUUAUCAUUUCCUGGGAUUUACUGAUUUUUUUUAUUUGUUCAAUGAUUUCUCCAAGGCAGGUAAGAGAUUUUUUUUCAAACAUCCUUCUCCGCCUCUCUUUAAGCCUUCUUCGGCGCUCCAAGUCAGGCCGCACUAGUGACUCUAGAGCAGCU